AUGGCUUCUUCGUGGGCGAUGAAAACGGCUCGUCAAGCCUCAACCCUAUCUCGGAUCUCCUCUACCAGAUCAUCAACUCAAUCCUCUUCCCUAAUUCAGCGCCGUGGCCUUGCUGGCGCUGCUGAUCACCAUGGACCUCCAAGAGUUAAUUGUUGGCAAGACCCAAUGAGUCCAUCUAAGUGGAAGGAAGAGCACAGCAACUCUUUGGACCAUGAACAGCAUCCUAUGAUGUGGUUCAAGCUUUGAAGUCCUGAUAUCUUCCUUUGGGAUUGGAACUUCAGACUGAAGAAAGUUUAAUGUUUAUAUCUUAUAUGUAGCAGUUUGUCGUGUUUUUGUAAGAGCAAAUUUUUUCGCUUUGUAGAACAAAUGAAAAUUUGAAAGAUGUUGCUGAAAUUUAGGCGUUGUAUAUCUGACUCCCUGUGAUUGUUCUUAUUCCUCUCCAUAUUUAUAUAGCUAACUAUAGAGUAUGAUUUUCUUUUUAUUUUGCAACUAAUUGCACUGUGCCUGCGAGAGCCUAUGGCUUGGGCAACACUAUGUGUUGCUAGCCAGGGGUUUAUGCACAAAAAAACAAAAAAAAAAUUCAUUUUAUUUUGAAGUGUGAUGUUUACCUUGAUUAUUGAUUCCGCUUUAGGGAAUACUUGUUUUUUGAAGUAAUGCGACCUGUUAUAUCUUUCUUGCUCUGUUUGUUUUUAAAUAUGGUGGACUUAGUACUGGUUUGAUCAUUCUAUUUAACAUUUCAUUCGUUUCUUACAAGUAAUUCUAUCCACUGUUGUGGUGAUUUUCUGAAAUUAUGUUGGUGCCAUAUUGUAAAUUGUAUUUAUGAUGGAUCUUUUGCUUUCCAGUUUGUGAUUAUCUCUUUAUCUGGCUGGGGUUUGCUUUUCUUUGGAGGAUACAAGUUUUUUACUGGUGGCAAGAAGAACAAGGAAGAGAAAUUGGUGGAAGCAUCACACUAGGAUUAGGGGGGUUUUCAAAGGCAUCAAGCCAGAGGCUCGCUUCUAAUAAUGUGUUUACUUGGACUUCAAAUCUCCUGAGAUCACCUUUUCUUUGUAUGGAUACAGUUCUUUCUUUCCCCAUCUAUAUGAAUGACAUUUUUUAGAAUGACAAGUGAUGGGUUUUCAUAAGUUUAUUACAUUAUUGUGAGAUUUAGCUACAUUGUGUGGACAGGAGGACGUGGUACAAGCAUGUGUGAAAGUGAUGAGAAAUAUUGCAUGAACAUGGAAAAAUUUAGAAAUGUGCACAAAAAGAGAGCAUUCUUAGUAGUUUUGGUUAUAAUGUAGAAGCAGAGAGGAACUCUUCAUUCGAGCUCUAAAAUUUCUAAGUCGUAGCUAGGGUAUCGAUAUUGCAGCAAUCGCCCUCUCGGGUCGUC